CAACGCCAUCUAUGUCCAGGGGACGUGAAACGAAUAUAUCGGGAGGGGGAUUUCCACGCAAUGCACUUCCUUUACUUGUUUUGCUUUCGAUCUGGACACUGAAAUAGGCUAAUAGUUUUCCUUUUGGUACGCAAAAUCACACACUACACGGGGAUAACUUUGCGACUGGCAAGAGGACUGUCGAUACCUCAAGUUGAAUAGAACACUUUAUCGCAGGCCACCAUGCCCGUGGAGAGGAUGCGAAUGCGACCAUGGCUGGAGGAACAGAUCAACUCUUGCCUAAUUCCUGGGCUGAAAUGGGUUAAUAGAGAGAAGAGGAUCUUCCAGAUUCCAUGGAUGCAUGCUGCAAGACAUGGCUGGGAUUUGGAAAAAGAUGCUCCUUUAUUCAAGAACUGGGCCAUUCAUACAGGAAAAUACCAACUAGGGAUCGACAAACCAGACCCGAAAACAUGGAAGGCCAAUUUCCGCUGUGCAAUGAACUCUCUGCCUGAUAUUGAGGAGGUGAAAGACAAGAGCAUCAAGAAGGGAACCAACGCUUUCAGGGUAUACAAGAUGCUGUCUGCGUCAGAGCGCCAGACCAAGAAAGGAAAGAAAAGGAGGGAAAAAGAGGGGAAAAACAAGGAACAGGUGGAGCCCAGGUCCUCAUCCAUGGAGAGCAUGAAUGGGUCUGUUGAAGACCAUGAAGUGGUGAGGAUAGAGGUGAAGGAUGAAGUGAAAGAGGAGUACAUUACAGACUGCACAGCUUCCUCAGAAUUUCUUCAUCCGGGCAGUCGCAGCCCUGGGGAUGACCAGCUGAUCAUCGAUGACCUGCCAUAUGUGUGUCAGACCAUCGAGGUGACCACGGAGAAUGAGGAGCAGUCAGUCAGCUCCAGCCACCCGUACCCACUCCAGAUCUCCCCUGUGUCCUCGUAUGGAGAGAGUGACACAGACAGUGUGCACAGUGAAGAGGACUCUAAGGAGCAUCUUCAUGGUGGGCUGUGGGGAUCAAGUUUAGCUUCCUCUGUGCUGAGAGUACCAUCGUGCUCACUACCCAGCAUGGCCACCUUUGUCACUACUGGAAAGGUAACCAACUUCAAAGUGACCAGCACCAGGGACCCCAUGCCCCUCAUCAGCUACAACAACAGCCCCUGGAAAAGGGACAUGCCAGCAGUCCUACACCCUCCUUCAGAGCAGGCUUCCUCCAGCCAGGCCUCUGCUGCAGAGACCCGAGCCAGCGUUAUCAUGAAGACCUCAGACAUCUCUAAGUCCUCUGUGAAGACCUGCUGAAGACCUGGCAGUGCAGUGACUCAAGAUAUGGGCCAGUCAGUGGCAGGCUUGGCGUGGAAAAGCCUUGAUCACAGCUGGCCUUCUUGUUAGACCAGAGUGCCUGCUGGCCUUGUUCGACCAGAGUGCCUACUCAUAGGAAUGACUGGGACAUACAGUACAGUAUAGGGGUAUGGGGCUCUGUGAGCUGUAGAAUAUGGAUCGAUGCCCAAACUGAACCUCCCAAGAUCUCAGGGCCUUUUAGAUGCGAUGGGAGAGAAUUCAUCUACGAACUGUGAAAAUAUUUGUAGGGCAUCUCAUCCCACUUUGCCCACUGUUAAUAAUGUACAUACUAAUUUGUCUGCGUAAUGGCAAACCGCUUCUGCACCUUAUGGAAAGCACUGACGGGGAUGUGUCUGGCCACUCUGAGCUGUGUAUGUGUGUACACUAACAGCAAAGCUGAAGCCAUAGUAGAGGCCUUGUCUAUGGCUCACUUUGCAACCUUGUCUUUGGCCUUCAAGGAGAUGCCACCCAUAGGAUAAAAGGAUGAAGUGACUAAAUGCACUUGGUAAUUUAUCUAGAUGCCUUUUAAGGCACUCUCUUUUAAGCAUAUAUAUAUACAGUGGGGCAAAAAAGUAUUUAGUCAGCCACCAAUUGUGCAAGUUCUCCCACUUAAAAAGAUGA